AUGAAAUAUUUGGUCUCGAUAACCCCAAACCCAAACAAUUGUUAUAUUGAAACUAAGAACUUAUUAAGUCGACUAAGAAACAAUUGGCUAUUAGUGAUGGGCUGUUGUAGCAGUUGUUGUGGUGGCAGUUGUGGUGACUGUUGUAGUGACAGCAAAAUUGAUCGCAAGAAAUAUCCAAAUCUGUACAAAGCGUCUAAAAUGACUAAAACAGCGUCCAAUCACUCGAACAUCAAUACACAGGUCUUGCAGAAGUUGACGACUAGAGCGCAACAGAAUGUGGCUAAAGCCAAGAGUUCAGGGGAUGUUAAACAGAUUCUGUCGCCGCCGUAUAAUGCGGUCGAUAAGAUCACAGACAAUGUGUAUUUGACGGGCGCUGGAGGUAUGAUACGCGAGAAUAUAGUGGGCCUCAGGAUCUCAUUCAUUAUGAACGCCACGUAUGAAUUGCCCAAUUUUGACGUUAAAGGGCUCGAAUGCAUUAGAGUUCCCAUUGAAGAUACGGUCGAUGACAACAUUUCUCUCUAUUUGGAAGAAGUGGCGGACAAACUGAAUGAAGUGGUGUCUAAAAAUCGGAGAGCUAUAGUCCAUUGUGUGGCCGGAAAAAGUCGCUCCUCUUCUCUGGUUUUGGCUUAUUUAGUGAAAUAUCAGAAAAUGACUUUAAAAGAGGCGUUCAUUCAUUGUAAAACUUGUCGAGAUUUGUGUCAACCAAACGUUGGUUUCUGGAAAUCACUCAUAGAAUUUGAGAGAAAAAUUUUAAGAAAAACUUCCGUUCAAAUGACGAGUAUAACAAUCAAAGGCGAUAAUAAAGAGAUACCAGACAUCUAUGUGGAUCUCUUCAAAGAAAUGGUUUACUCGACAGCACUUGAAACCAGAGAUGCGGCCAAAAAGAAGAGCAUUUAUGAGAUGUCCGGAAGAAAAAUGGAUAAAACAGUUAAUGAAAACGUUUCCGAUAUAAAUGACAAUAAGAGGAAACAACAGGAGAUUAAGAAACGGAUAUUAGAGACGACUCGGAGCGCAAAAGAGCGACAAUCGGACGCUUACGAUGAACUUAAACAACAGGGAAAGUCUUUACACGCCUCCGAUAAAGCCGUCAAUAAAUUAAGACACGAAAGACAAUUGGGAGACAAAGAAUUGGAUCAAAUGAAAGACGAGCAAAAUAUAUGUCAAAGACUUUUGUGUAAUAUAUUCUGUUGUGGUUGUUGUCGGAAGAAGAAAAGCGCUGAGAAGUUGCCGUCAGUUUUGGUGACAACGACAGAGAGUGAAGAACCAGAUCCGGACGAUCAGACGGUCGACAAGUUAUGGACACAACACUACAGACCGAAGACAUGGAAGGAAGAGAUGGACGAAAACCUGAACCGAUUGCGAGCCGACGCCGAAGAAGGGGAACGAGAGCUCAAACGACAGAUCAAACUCUCGGCUCAGAUGAAGGCUAAGGCAGAGACAGAGACUAAAGGCUUGAAAAAUACAAACAAUACACGUGUGAGGAGUGAAGUGAGAGUCGAAGCCAUCGCUGAAUGCCUGCGAAGACAACGGAUCCCAAAACAACACGACUAA